AGUUUACUAGUCAAUGCCUAUUAUUGCCUUGGGCUGGUUAGAUAGGGAAAUUUUAGUAGCUGUCUCCCGCAUCCUGCCUGUGACGUUUCCAAGUAAACUUGUUCUUCUUUUUAUUAAAUAACUAUAAAAUCAAGCUCAUAUCUGAGCACGACAUGGUAUUCCAACAAUGGUAGUUAUAUUAUGUUAAGAUAAUAAUAAAAGAAGAAUUCGUGCAGGCCAUUAUAAACUCUCCCUCUCUCAAACUCAGUUCUUUGCCAUAUUAUGUCCAGCUACCUGAUAAUUUCCGGUCAACUCCAAUGGUUGUUUAUCGAAGGUUGCCUCUAUAACUUUAGUCCUAAUUGAAUCUGCAAACACCCAUCAACUUACAAAAAAAAGGUCGGAAUUUUGACAUAUUGCUGUCUUGUAUUCUUCUUCUUGAUUUCAGAAUUCAUCGUAGACCCUAUUUUUUUUGUUUUUUUUUCAAUGGGUCUGCAUUCAUCCCUUUCAUUUUCUGUCUUCCUUGUCCGAUCAUUCUUCUUCUACUUGCUACCAUGCCUGCAAUCUGUUUUUCCUUGAAACUCUUCCCAUGAAGAAGAAAGCCAGCUGUUUUUCUCCUCUUGAAAGAUGUCAGUUCUUUCUUGUUCUCUUAACUCUCUUUUUCUUUAUAACCAUGGUCAGCGGCUUUGGCUCCUCUUCGACUAUUGCUGCCAGCCAUGGUUCUAACACCGUGUGUGGCAUUCUUGCGGGAAAAUAUCAGGGUAUCCAAUGUUUUCAACAGGGUAAAACAUUUUCAGUUCUGCCAAACAUCUCUUACGAAGCCAUUUCUGGCGGGCAGGACUUCUUCUGUGGACUGAGUUCUGGUGGUUUCGAUCUCUUCUGCUGGGACACGAUAUUUCCCAGUUUCAAUUUCCAUGGCAAGAGAAUUUACCAUAAUACUCGUUUCCCGUUGACUGAUCUAACAGUUGGAGAUGAUCAAGUUUGUGCAGUGCAGGCCAGAACAGGAAACAUCCGAUGUUGGGAAAGGGAAGCAAGACUCGGUCUACUCACCCCAACUUUACCUCGUGUGGAAGAAACUGCUUUCCUUGCCCUCACAUCAGGUAAAGGGUUUUCGUGCGGGAUAGUUAAGGAUGAGAGGAAUGUCUUGUGUUGGGGUGAAAGUGGGAUAGGAGACUUUAUUGAGAGAGAGUUUGGUAAUAUGUCAAUGCUGAGUUUAGUUGCUGGGAAAUCUCAUGUUUGUGGGAUUGCUUUUUCUGGGUUAUUAAUAUGUAAAGGAAUCAAUGAUUCAGGCCAACUUAAUGUCCCUUUAGAAAGACCUUUCCAUUUUUCAGAGCUUGCUCUUGGUAGGACCUACUCCUGUGCCUUGCAAAGGAGCAAUGGCUCGCUCAUCUGCUGGGGCAAUAGAGGAAAUAUUAAUACAUCAGUUAUCACCACCGAUCAAAAAGUUCAGAAUCUCUCAUUUCAGUCAAUCAUUUCUGGUGUAGAUUAUAUCUGUGGUCUGAGAACUGACGAUUUUACUGUGAUUUGCUGGGGUCCUGGUUUGUCUGGUAAGCUUAAUACUUCAGUUUCACUGCCAAGUAUGGUACCUGGUAGAUGUGUCCGUGAAUCUUGUCAACUUUGUGGUGUGCUUCCGGAUUCAGAGUCACUCUGUAGUGGUGAUACAGUUAUUUGCAGAUCAUGUGUAAUUGAGCUUCCACUUCCAUUAAAGCCUAAAAUAAAACUAGAGGCAGGAAAUGUUCCUGAGCCUAUACCAUCACCAACGGCAAUUUCACCAUCAUCAUAUCCAAUUUCAUCACCACCAUCGAAGAAGGAAACACUCCGGCCUCUCUGGGCGUAUGAGGUAUUUGGGUUUGUUGGUAUCCUUUCUGGAAUGUUUGCCUUUGCUUACUUCAUAUACCUUAAAAGACCAGGUUCCUCAAAAGACGGGAAGAAGGUUCUGGAUGUUGCGAGGGAUAAACAGCAUGAUUCUGUUGGUAGUAGCAAUACUGGUGAUUCAGCUUUUAUAGCAAGUAAUGCUUCAAGUGCACCUCAGUCAAGAUCAUCGUCGAUCACACAGCUUAGUUCUAUGACCUUGGGGCGUGCUAGGAGUUGGGACUAUUCUUCAAAACACGUGGAGAAAUCAGAGGUGUUCACCCUAUUUGAGCUUGCUGCUGCUACAAAGAAUUUCUCCUUAGAGAACAGGAUUGGGAGAGGGAGUUUCGGAACCGUGUAUAAAGGAAAACUCUCUAAUAUUGGUUGUGAAGUUGCCAUUAAGAGGGAAGAAAUCUGCACAAGAAAGGAAAGAGGAAAUGCUUUUGAGUCAGAAUUGGUGCUCUUAACUCGGGUUCACCACAAGCACUUGGUGAGUUUAGUUGGGUUUUGUGAAGAACAGAACGAGAGGCUUUUGGUUUACGAGUAUAUGAGUAAUGGAGCGCUACAUGAUCAUUUGCAUACCAAGAACACUCAUAAAAGUAACGGAUCCGUGAACUCCUGGAAGAUUAGGAUUAAUAUUGCUUUAGAUGCUGCAAGAGGGAUUGAGUACCUUCAUAACUACGCAGUCCCACCCAUUAUUCACCGGGAUAUUAAAAGCUCAAACAUCCUUCUCGAUGCAAAUUGGGUCGGUAGAGUCUCUGACUUUGGUUUGUCAUUAAAGGGUCCGGAGAAUCAGGAAGGGAGCAUGUCAAUAAAACCAGUUGGGACAGUUGGGUAUAUCGAUCCUGAGUACUAUGUUUUAAAGGUUUUGACAACCAAGAGUGAUGUGUAUGGUUUCGGGGUGGUUUUGUUGGAACUUUUGACAGGAAAGAAGGCGGUAUUCAAGGAGGGUGAGAAAAGUGGGCCCACCGGGGUGGUAGAGUACGCAGGUCCUUUCAUUGUAUCCGGGGAAGUGUGGAAGGUGUUGGAUAAACGGGUAGAGAUUCCAGUGAUGAAUGAGUCUGAGGCUGUUGAGCUGCUGGCUUACACCGCGAUGAUGUGUGUUAACUUGGAAGGGAAAGAGAGACCAACAAUGUCUGAUGUAGUUUCCAAUUUGGAGAGGGCUUUAACUCUUUGUAAAGGAAGCUCUGGUACCUUCUCUCCCCCCAACUUCUAUUCUUUCAGUUGAAAUGCCCUCUCUGCAACAAAUAUUUCCUACGGUUACUUCUCUAGUUUCUACCAAUAUUGGUUGAUUUUGUUUUUGUUUAACUUUUUUUGUCAUUUGAUUUAGUGCUUAUUAUACUAAAUUAGUGUAAAUGAAGAAAUGUUAGCUGAGUUUGAUUUUGGAAGGGAACUUUUGCCUGAGUGUGAGUUGUUUGUAUACCUAAGUUUUUUUCUAAGAUGAAAUAAAUUUAAGACAAUCUGUUUAGAUUCUACAAUAUCGGAACUUUCGUGAAUCGGGGUUUCAUCAAUUGUUCAAUUUACUACUCCAUUGGGAUCGAGUUGUGCUAUCCUUUUCUUCUGAAUAAACCACUCACCUGUUUGAUCCUUUUCUGAAGACUUGAGACUUUUCUGAGUGUUAACUUAAGGAUGUGAUUGGCAUACUGUCCUGUCAUAUGUUGUUUGUGCUUAAAAUCCAGUUAAAUACA